GAGAAGUAUAACAGGAAGUUGUAGUAGUGUGGUAGCUAGAUUGACGGCGUUGGUCGCUGGGGACCAUAUAUAUGGGUGUACGAGAUCAGGGGCCCUCACAGGAAGACUGAUGUCGCCUCUUGCACCACCUGCCUCGCAUUGUGGGCCGUCCUGGGAACAGGCUGCCCUUCUUCUCGUAUUGGACACCGUCUCAUUAUUCUUUUUUAUCCAGCGUGGGGAUAGCAGCAUUUAGCGCGUAUCAGCAUUUGGUACCCGUUGCUUCUGCAUAGCGUGAGUUGACGUUCUAGCUUGGUUGAAACCGCGUUCGUCUUUUUUAGUCGAGGUUCGUUACAACGUUACCGUCGCUCGUUUGGCUUUGCAUUCAUAAAGGGUAGAGGGAAAACACUCACACAUUUAAACGUGACUGCAUGCCAUGAAGGACAAGGACCGCUAGAUGCCUGAAAUAAGCAGCAGCGAGAAAGCCUGAAAAGGACCCGGUUGUUGAAUUCAACGCCGAUUCGGGAUUUCACUCAGAAAUACAGCUGGCAGAGCAAGGUUUUCCACAGAUCAGCAAGCCAGACUUCAGGCCAGACAUGGCAGUCAGAAAUCCCUGAACAUCACAUAUGGUCACGAUAUAAACAACUUCAUAACUUUAGUGGGGGCAGUGGUUUGUGCCUAAGGGGUCCAUAAAGACACACACAUCAAAAUCUGUUAUUACUGCAGUAGAAAGAGAGCAGUAUAACUGGGAUGUGUGUGAGGAGGUGAGUUAAGCAGGUGUUUAUAGGGCAUCAGAUGGACAUGGGCAGGGCAGACAGCUGGCAUGAAGUGGGCACUAGAGGGGUCCUGCCUUCAUAUUACAGUUUAGCAGAUUUGAGCUAAGCAGCAGUCAUCUUGAGCUCACUUUAAACUUGUGCUGCCAGCCAACAGAGCAUGUGCAAACAAACACACAUACAUCAGCACAGCUGUAGAACACAAUUAAAUUUGUGCAACUGGCAGACGGUAUGCAACCCUAGCUGGACACCAUACACAUAUUAAAUCACAGGCCCAAAGUGCGUAUACACAUACACUGGGCUGUAGGACAGAUGCUGGCCCCUAACUUCCUCCCAUUGUCAUCUCAAAGCCAGCUGGAGAGAAGAUGAGAUUUGGGCCUUUUUUUUUAUUUAUUUAAUAUCACACCUUCUUCGUCAACCACUUUUGCCUUUUCUUGGUGCAGCCUCAUCCGUGGAUGGACCAUUACCACAAAAAUCUUUCCGUCUAAGGAACAUCGGCUUAUCCACUUGUGAUGCUUGAAUGACUUCUCCCAAAGUUAUUUUUUACUUAUCUUUUCAUCUCAAUAGGGACAGAGUGGAGCAGUGAAAGGAUUUCGUGAAUAGUUGUCAGACUUUUUUGGGAUACCAUAUCAGUCUGACUUGGCAGAACCCCUCACUGAUAUCAAGAAGGUGAAAGUGGCAAACAUGGCUACAUGACAUCCUCUGUCUUUUUUUUUAUUAUUUUCAUUAAGACUUCAGCAUUUACUACAAAGAACUGAAAAACCUUUUAUCCCCAACUCUUGAAACUUCAUGUUUGAAUUAAGUGUGGAGAGGGGCCAGUACCAGAGGAGUGCUUUAAACACAAUACAACUGCUAUUCACCAAGUAGCUAUCAAAGCCGCAGUGAAACAGGCAGACACAGACAAUGGAAUGAAAGAGGUGAAAAAGGAGAGGGCUCGAGAGAGAUAGACUAGGUGAGGUGAAUAUUGAGAGAAAGGCAAAAGGUGGAAUAAUAAACAUGAGAAGAGAACACUGAGACAUCAGCAGGUCACAACGGAACCAAGCAGAAAGGGAGAAAAUAAGAAAAAGAUGACUUUUUGGUCUAGGGUGGCUAGAGAUGGAACACCCUGCAGGCCACAUCUCCUCCAUUCUACUGCUCCUCCUCCCUUUCCUCCUCUCUCUCUCUGCUGCUCUCAACUAGUCGGCCAGUUUUCUUUGGCUCCGUCGCUUCAGUGCAACGAGAGAGAGGAAACGAGAGAAAACAGCACUGGAGCCGAGCUCAAUAUUCACACAGAUGGCAGAAAAAAUGAGGAUCUGUUGCAUCCAACCCAUACCAUGCACUGGAUUUCACUGAAGAUGGACAUUGCAGUUGAUCCAGAAACCAAGAAGAGGGGAAAAGACAAAGGUGGCAAUAAAAAUAGUGGAUGCCAGUCAGGGAAAAGUUAGUUUAAAAAAAGAGGGAAUGAACAAUGGAUAGAACGGUGGAAAAAAGCAGACUGUGCACUAAGUUGAAGGAGAAAUCACCUCUCAUCGAAAGCAAGGGAUUUCAAGAGCAGUCAGGCCGCAGCUGGGUGUAGUUUGGCUGUGAUUCCACCGUGUGUGGAGAAAUUUCUGGUUGUGAGACGAGCACAUCGUUGUGGAGGGGAGAAAGAGGACAGAAUCUAGCGAGAAAGCAAAGGACCUCAGCGCAUAGCUUGACUGUGAGACAAACUGACUCUGACACAUCUUCUGUCAGCACGUGUGUGUUCUUCCAAGUCUGAGACACUGGGGAUCUUGUGGUCCAGAGUGCUUCUCAGGGGCUCAUCCCAACUACUCUGACCAAGGCUUGGUGGUCGUUGCCUGGAGGCAGUGGCAGAGGAGGAGGAGAGAGGGAGUGGGCUGGGGACCGUGGCAGGCCUAGGGGACCAUGGGGGGCCGCUUCCUGUCCUCCACCCUGCACCUGGACAGCCGCUUGGGCUUGGGGUCCUGGGGCAGGGGUUCAUCCAAGGGAGCUCCCAGACUUGCCGAGCUCAGGCCCUGGCUAAGUGGAGGAGGUAGUACUGGGGGAGGAAGCAGGGCAGAGAAAGGAGGCAGGGUAAGAUGUUCCCGGCGAGUCUGGGUUCUCCUGGGCUCGCUGGUUCUCCUUUUUCUCAUCUCGCUCUUUUUCUCCAUCUCGUUUCACGGAUGGGUCAUUAGCUUCAACUACCUGGAGCCACUUGGGUGGGAGGAGUCAAGACGAGUGAAGCUGGUGCCAAGCUACAUGGGCACACAACGCUUGUCACCACCCAACACAAUACAACAGAAGACCUGUGCCUGCCCACGCUGUGUCGGAGACCUCGGUGUGUCUGAUUGGUUUGAUAAAAACUAUGACCCGGAUAUCUCACCUGUUUGGACCAAAGACAACAUCCAGCUGCCCACAGAUGUCUACUACUGGUGGGUGAUGUUACAGCCCCAGUUUAAACCCCACAGCAUCAAGCAGGUGCUGCAGAAGUUGUUCCAGGUGAUUCCUGGAAGGUCAUCAUAUGGAUCGUGGGAUCCAAGACGCUGCCUGCGCUGUGCGGUGGUGGGGAACUCUGGAAACCUCCGUGGGGCUAGAUAUGGGGGGAUCAUAAACAGACACAACUACAUCAUGAGGAUGAACAAGGCCCCUACAGUGGGCUAUGAGGAUGAUGUGGGCAACCACACCACACACCACUUCAUGUAUCCCGAGAGCGCCCAGAACCUGGCGGUCAAUGUCAGCUUUGUCCUGGUUCCCUUCAAAACACUGGAUCUCGUCUGGAUCACUAGUGCUCUGUCCACCGGCCAGAUUCGGUUUACAUAUGCUCCAGUGAAACAGUUUCUCCGUGUUGAUAGAGACAAGGUGCAGAUCUUUAACCCAGUAUUUUUUAAAUACAUCCACGAGCAUUGGCUAAAACAUAAUGGCCGCUACCCUUCCACUGGCAUGGUAGUGCUGUUCUUUGCUCUUCAUGUCUGUGAUGAGGUAAAUGUGUUUGGGUUCGGGGCAGAUGACCAGGGUGGCUGGCAUCACUACUGGGAGAACAACAACUUCCCCGGAGAGUUCAAGAAGACAGGUGUCCACAACGGGGACUAUGAAGCCCAGAUCAUCCGGCUGUUGGCAAAGGCUGGCAAAAUCACUGUAUUCCCUGGGAAAUAACAAGCCAAUCAGCUAUCUUAGAUGUCAUUGUUAGCUGGUUCAGACAUAAUAGAGGCUACUUCGAAUGUGUUCUCACUUUCACUUAACUGCACCAGUUUAGGAAGUAAACCAAAUCUGAAGGUAAAAUGAGUCAUCGCACAAAGUGAACUGGUACCAAAAGAUGUUAUUACUUUCACAUUCCCUCAUAUUUGAGAAGUAGCCCACCAGUCUUGUUCAGUUCUAGUUGGAGAACAUGGUUUAGAUUCAUAGCACCCAGGAAAAGGGAUCCAAAUGUAGUUCUGUUCACUGAGGUCUGAGGUAAAAGUGACAGUUGGGCCUUAAAUUUGACAGUAAAGUAACUGGUUUCAUCCCUAAUGGCCAGUGCAAGGAUUGAAAGACAAGACCACUGAUCUUGUUCCAAGGCAGCUUCAACUCAGGAGCGAACAACAUGCAAUGACUGGACAGUGUGGACUCGCCUGAUCGCCACAACUGUGUAAAAAUUGCACAUUUAAAUACCCCAUAACUGGAUGCAAUCUACUGGAAAUGUUCACCAUGGAUGAUUACCUAAUCCUCAUACAGUGUGCGUAAUAUGGAAAUUGCAGCAGGAGCGGUGACAUCUAGAGGACUGUUGUUCUACAGCAACAAGGUGUCAAACAAACAAACGUUGUUCUUCUUCACUUCCAGAGCUGUGGAUGUUGGCAAACACUUGUAACUGCAGGUUUGAGACUACAGACACAAACCGUGGGGCUACCAGGAGGACGACUCUUUCAGCUCUUACAGAAACUUGCACCGUGACUUGUUUUGCCUUUGCUUAAGAAGUUGUUCUUCUCAAAUCUUACAUAAGAUUAAACCUCACUUGCCACU